AUGCAGGAGGUGUUUCUGAAUAAACUAAAAAAAAUCAAAAAAAAGAAUAACCAAUCUCUUAAUCUAACCAUCACACCCACAAAUCCGUCUUCAUUUUUGUAGACUCCACUAUUCAAGCAAACAUCUGUGGAAAAGAUUGAUAGAGACAUAUAAGUAACUCUAGAAUCUGAGAAGAGCCAAACUCCCAAAAUAAGAUAAAUGACAACUUAAUAAAAUAUUGACAGUCCUUAAUUCAGGACUAUUCCAAUGGUUAAAUAAGUAACCAUUAUGAGAAAAUCUACAAUCAGGAAGAAAGAUGAUGCUAGAGAGUCAACUCCUUCAGCAUCUAAUAGGAAUUCAAAACUAAUCCCUAAUGACAUCCCUUAUUAAUAUGAACAAACUUUCUAGCAAGUGCACACUAAUGAUACUAAUAAUAACUUUUCAAGUACAUUUAAAAAUAUUCAUUUAAACCGUAUCAAAGAAAAUAACUAGUCUUAAAAUGGAAACUUGUUCAACAAAUUAACUCAGAAAAUGAGUUAAGGCAUAAGGACAGAAAAAUGCGUCAAAGGGUUAAACGAUCAGCAUUACCUCAAAAUUAAAGAAUUAAGAGAAAAAUAAAAUAAAUAUGCGAGGAGGGUGACCACAAAUUAUUUACCGCCUAUUGAUUUGAAGAAGAGAGAUGAAAUAAAUAGAAGGAUUUUGAUGAUGAAAAUAUAAGAGAUUCCAAAAAAUGAUGCGUACAGAUACAGGAAAAUUGGGAUUAGAACUCUCAAUCAGAGCAUUAACUCUACAACAUAAAUCCAGUCUAAAUAAUCGCUAGCAAAAAAUGUUAAAAAUUAGCUUGCCUUGUCAGAUGAAGGUUACUUACCAAUGAGCGUUCAAAUGUCUAAAUCAACAUUAUAGCCCUCCGAGCCAUUUUUAAGUUCACUCCAAAUUAGUGCUAAAAAUAAAUCUCGAAAAAGAGUUAAGCUUUUGCCUCUUGAUAAAUUAGAAGAGAGAUUAGAUAUCAUGCAGUUAUGA